GAUCCAUAAGCUGUAGCCAUCCCCUCUUUUCCCCACAGACAUCGCAAACUCCCUUUCUUCUCUCUCCCUCUCUAUAAACCUCGUCAAUUGCGUAUAUAUAUAAGAGCGAUCAUAUAAAAGACUCCUCCUUUCGAAUUCUUACCGCUCUUAUUCCAAAUCAUCUCUCGUGUUUCCUCGUCUCUCAUCAUCUGCUCAGCAACGACUGUAUAAAAAACCCUAGAUCAUUCCUAUUCACACCUUCAAGUAUUGUGGAAGUUGGUGGUUCCUGUGCAAAAUUUGGAUAGAGCAAGUGAUUUGAUGGCAGAUCCUCAAGGUAUGGAAGGGAUCCAACCAGUUGAUCUCUCCAAGCAUCCCUCCGGAAUUGUUCCAACUCUCCAGAAUAUUGUCUCGACAGUCAAUUUGGACUGCAAAUUAGAUCUUAAAGCUAUAGCAUUGCAGGCUCGUAAUGCAGAAUACAAUCCCAAGCGUUUUGCUGCUGUGAUUAUGAGGAUUCGAGAACCAAAAACAACAGCACUAAUAUUUGCAUCUGGAAAGAUGGUGUGUACAGGAGCCAAGAGCGAACAGCAAUCCAAAUUGGCUGCCCGUAAGUAUGCUAGAAUCAUUCAGAAGCUUGGGUUCCCUGCUAAAUUCAAGGAUUUCAAGAUUCAGAACAUAGUUGGCUCCUGUGAUGUAAAAUUCCCCAUUCGACUUGAAGGGCUGGCCUAUGCUCACGGUGCCUUUUCCAGUUACGAACCGGAACUGUUCCCUGGAUUAAUCUACCGGAUGAAACAACCUAAGAUUGUGCUGCUUAUUUUUGUCUCUGGCAAGAUUGUCCUUACUGGAGCUAAGGUUAGAGAUGAGACCUAUACUGCCUUUGAGAAUAUAUACCCUGUUCUCACAGAAUUUCGGAAAGUUCAGCAAUGGUAUGACCAUGAUGGUGUUGUGUGCUUCAAUUUUUAUUACUACAUUGGUGAUUUUGCAUUCAUCACCUCGAUGAAUGGAUUUAUGUGUGCCUUAGGAGCCCCUCCUGUCCACAUGUCACUGACAUUAGAUCCCUUGACAGGGAAGUUGCUAUAGCAGCGAAACAUAACAUUCAUCAUGGUAUUAUCAUGUUAGACAAGCUUCAGAUCAUUUAGAUAGAGCAAACCAUUUCGAGAAACCACCAUUAUUGUCCUUUGGGCGAUAAGAAAUUUUGAUGUAGGAUAUUUUUCCCAUUUCAAUAGAUGUAGUGAAGUGAUGAGCAGUUGUAUCCUGUCAUUAAUUUGACCAUACAUAUCGCAAACAAAAUGAUAUUUUCCCAUUAGUAAAUGUUACACUAAGCAACAUUGGGUUGUACAUGUAUAAACUUGUAUGCAGAUCCAUGGAGAAGUUGGAUGUCGACUCUAAAGGAAAGGACGGACGCGGUGAAGAGCUGGGAUUGUCUCUGCUGGCUGGUUUGGGAUUGAAUUGUAAAUAUGUUUAGGAGAUUAGAGUGGGUUGAGGCAGGGCUUGUUUUUCGCCUAAAUGUUAUUCGAUGUGUAUUCAGAGAGAAAAGAUUAAUAAAGCUUUGCCUCUUACUCGUGAAAUCAUCAUAUACAGAUGGGUAUUUUUGAUAGACUGAUUAUUGCAAGGGAUUUGAGCUUUGAAUU